AAAUUCCCAGGCUGCUAUUGCCAUAAAUAGCUGUGCAUGAUGCAGUAAGCUUGUUCUUUUGGCUCAGUAAGAACAUGGAACUGGCACUCCUCUUCCUCUUCCUCGUCACCACCGUGUCCAGUUGCGGGGUCCCCAGCUACGAGCCCCACACCGGCCGUGUGGUAAAUGGCGUUGAAGCUCGUCCGUACAGUUGGCCGUGGCAGGUGUCUCUGGAGUCCUUCUAUCCAACCUGUGGAGGAACCUUAAUAGCUCCAAACUGGGUCUUAACUGCUGCACACUGCAUCACGUUCCACACAUACCGAGUGUUCUUGGCUGAGCAUGACAUGAGCUUGGUUGAGGGACCUGAACAGUCAAUUCGGGUUGAGAAGAUGCUUAUUCAUCCAAAAUGGAAUGACAACUGCGUGUCUUGCGGGAAUGACAUUGCCUUACUUAAACUGGAGCAGAGUGCUGUCAUCAAUGAUAAGGUGCAGCUGGCUUGCCUACCAAAGCAGGAGGACACCCUCACCCACAACCAACCCUGCUAUGUCACAGGCUGGGGUCGCCUCUACUCCGAUGGGCCCCGAUCUUCUACACUACAGCAAGCUCUUCUCCCAGUGGUGGGCCACAGCAUCUGCAGUCAGAGCGAGUGGUGGGGCAGCUCGGCCAAAGAAACCAUGGUGUGUGCAGGAGGGGACAGCAAGUCAGCCUGCCAUGGUGACUCUGGAGGCCCUCUGAACUGUAAAGGCAGGGAUGGCAGAUGAUACGUCCAAGGAGUGACCAGCUUUGUAGAUGGACGAGGGUGUAACACUCUUCGCAGGCCCACAGUCUUCACCCGGGUGGCUUCGUUUAUCCCUUGGAUCAUGCAGAUGAUGGCCCAAAAUUGAUUGGUUUCCU